GUCAGCGUCGCGCGCACGAAUGCCUGUAUAACGAGAGUAACUUUGCUCUCGCUCACGUUUGCUAAAUUUUAUUUCAAUUAUUCCGAUUAAUCGAAAAAUAUGUUUGGAGGUCAAGAUCAUAUAAAAUAGCCAGAUUGUAGCUCGCGUGGUGGUCGGUGAAAGUGGCGAAUAGGAGCAGUCAGGCAGCGGCGCGAGACGGACGCGGCCGGUUGUACUAACGAGCUCCGACGUGGCGAGGAGCCGGAUCACGGACAUAUUGCCAGCGCUGUCAAACUUUUUAACUUUGUCGAGUGUUUGUUAUCUGUGAUAGAACCAUGUAGGCUGUGAACAUUCUGGCCACACCGAUUCUUUGAAUUUUGUUGUCACACGUUUUAUUUGAAAUUUCAACAUCGCCAAUGUGUAUUAAAAGACAGCUGUGGACAUAUUCGACUCGUUGUUUUUCUAAUAUCGAAAGUAUGAUGGAUAUUCGCGGUAGGAGAGGAAGAUAGUGAAAUGGCGAACACCCGAGAUGGAAGUGCGGAGCCCGCGAGCCUGGAGUACAUGGAGGAUCCGUACUUCGUGCCUCCGGAUGACGACUCGACGCCCAGUUUCGAUGUUGCGGUAGAUGAGCUGGACGAGCUGGAGGAGUUGGCGAACUGGCCGCGUGACGCCGAGGCCGAAGCGGACUGGCGCGCCUUGCCCGACCUCGCAGACUCUGCGCUUUGUAUUGAGACGGAGUUCUACAUGGACAAUCGUCGCAGACGACUCCGAAUAUUUAGGAAAAAGAUUCGCGAAGUGCGCGUCACCUUCCAAGACCUCUCCAAACCGUAUCUCGCCAAAGUUUCCAGUCACACAAACUACAAAAAGUUUCUGGGCAUCACGCCUGGAGCUGAGGAAGCGAUGCCGGGUGCGGGUGGCGGUGCGGGCGCCGGCGACGCGAACACUCCGGACGAGCUGGCGGGCCUGUCGCCCGAGCAGGUGGAGCAGCUUCGCGCCGAGUGGAGCCACGAGCUGGCCCGCGUCGAGGACGAGAUCGCUACCCUGCGCACCGUGCUGCAGAGCAAGAUUCGUCAGAGCUCGGAGUUGAAAAGGAAACUUGGCAUAACCGUGUGGAAGGAGAUCACCGAGGACGUCAAUCAGGGUUUGAAAAACGUAAAGGAGAGCCAAGUCUAUCAAACCAUUGAAACUCGAGUCGCUGCGCUUACGCAGGCUGUGACGGAAGCACCAAUAUACCAAAAAACUGAAUCUGUGAUAAAAUCGACUGCUGAGAAGACGACGUCCAUCCUGGGCGGCAUCACCGCCGGCGUGUCCAGCAAGCUCGGCCAGAUGCGCAACUCCGACUCCUUCCGCUCCAUCGAGGAGCGCGUCGGCACCGCCUACGAGAACGUCAAGGGUAAAGUGGCGUCUCGCUCUAACUCGACCCAGAGUUUCGACGAGGCGCUGCGCGACGCGAGCCGCGCGGCCAGCGGCGCCACCUCGCCCACCAUCCCCGAGCACAAGCCGCUGCCCUAAUCCCUCCCCUGGCCCCCACACAUCCAUCACCCUUCCACACAAACACACGCAUUACCCCUACCUCUUUCCCAACACAAACCCUCACUGGUUAAUUCUCACCAAUUGAUGACUUUAUUUGUAUAAGUUGACUCUCGUCACUACCACAUGGACUCACCUUCAAUGUUUCUCUGAAGUUAGUGCAUAUGCUUUUCUUACGAGUGAGCGAGACGGCAACACCUAAGACAACUUCGCACCUUUAUUACUUAAAAAGAAUUAACUCAACGACGACUAAACGACAUUAUUUUCGCUAGAAUACGACUUAUACAACUCGCAUCAAAAUAGAAUGAAAAUAAAAGAGAGCAUGAAUUUCCUAUGUUUUAGUGUAAACAUAACAAACCUUAAACGCAAUUUCCCAAAAAAACAUUUUGAGUUAAUUUUUUUUUAUUAAUUAAGAUGCGAACUGCCUUUUUCGAACAGCUUGUAUCCAACUUCACUAAGAUUAUUGAGAUAUCCAUUUAAAAAAAUCUUUAUAAAUCGUUGACGUCCUUCUGUUAUUUGUAAAGUUGGUUGGUGUUGAAAUUCUUUAUUAGUGAUAUAAAAGUUUUGGGCAGAUUUUACAUGUUUACGUUGAGACAGGCUGAGGUUAUUUGAACUUAAUAAAAUUGCUAUAAUCGAAUUUAAACAGCUGUCUUGCCUCGCGCUGUAUGCCUUAGUUGUCUUUAGUAAAUCUUUUUGCCCUUUAUAAGAAAGGGAUCUGUUAGUGGACCAGCAUUUAUAAACCCCACAAUAAUUGUCGAUAAUGCUUAAGAUUAUUGUGUUUAGGGUCUUAUUUGGUUUCUGCUACUUUUGCUAUGUUUAAGUACUUAAGCAAUUGCUUCUGAGUAGAUCAAGGAUAGUGUAUAUUGCGAUAUUUUAUGACUAUUUUCUUAUAGAUACAAAUAAUACAAGGAUAUGUAAUAUUUUUCAAUGUAAAGUUACGCAAUUUUAGAAAAGAGAAGUUUAAUUUAUUAUUUUAGAAGUUUGAAGUAUUAAAUGAGACAUUAAGAUUGUAUUGUGUUUUGUAUGGCGUUUUAUGAAAUUAAAUUGAAAAAAAUCCAAAAAAAAUGUUUGAUUGAAGUUAAUAAAUAUUACGAAGACU